GGCUCGGGAACAUGGCUGCGCGGGCCCUGGGGGCGGCCCGGCGGCGGGUGCAGCGCCUCCUGAGCUCCGGGAGCAUCCCGUCCAGCUGCAGAGGACGGCUGCAUCCUUUCAGCACUGCCACCCAGAGAACCGCUGGUGAGGACUGCAGUUCUGAAGACCCUCCUGAUGGGCUUGGUCCCUCUCUAGCUGAUCAAGCCUUAAAACUAAAAGCGGUUAAGCUGGAGAAGGAAGUGCAGGAUUUAAUGAGGAAAUACCAAAGAGCUGUAGCUGAUGGUGAAAACAUAAGAAGGCGAACCCAGAGAUGUGUGGAGGAUGCCAAGAUAUUUGGAAUUCAGAGUUUCUGUAAGGACUUAGUGGAAGUGGCAGACAUCUUGGAGAAGACUGCAGAGUGCAUUUCUGAAGACACAGAGCCUGGGGACCAAAAGCUCACUCUGGAGAAGAUCUUCCAAGGGUUGUCACUUCUGGAAGCAAAGCUGAAAAGCGUAUUUGCCAAGCAUGGCCUAGAGAAGAUGGCACCUAUUGGCGACAAAUAUGACCCUCAUGAGCAUGAACUCAUCUCUCACGUGCCUGCUGGUGUUGGGGUACAGCCUGGCACAGUGGCCUUAGUCAGACAAGACGGCUACAAGCUUCAUGGCCGCACCAUUAGACUUGCCCAGGUAGAAGUGGCAGUAGAGGCUCAGAAGAGACUCUGAUUUGGCCAUCAAGAACUGCGAGCUUUUCCAGAGUACAGUCACCUCUGUUCCCUUUAUUUAUUAAACUAGGUUUGUAUUGUA